AUUUAGAGUAUUUUAAUGUAAGACAAUGUAUUAGACUUCGUAAUUACAGUUUCUCAAUCGCAAAAGAGUGAAUAAACAGUGUAUUAUCAAUUAAAGUAACAGUGAUCUCCUAUUUACAAGCUUUUUCAAUUAAAAAAAUCAACUAGUCUUUUCUAAUCAAUAAAGAUACUCAGAACUUAAAAAGUUUCACCAAGCUCUCGAGACUCUCAAAAUAACACUACCCUCUUUUCCUGGAACUCAUUGGUGGAAGUCAGUCAAUUCUGACCCAGAUUUGAUAGAGGAACGGAAGCAAUUGCUAGAUCAAUAUUUCAGAAGCCUCACUUGCUCUAAGGUUGUUAGAGAUUCCUUAAUUUUUAAGAACUUCAUUUUAUCCGCCCAAAAAGAAGCUGAAAAGAAACUCCUCAAAGUAAUAUUAUUUUUAUUCAUAUCAAAAAGGAGUAGAAAGAGAAGGCUAAGAAGGCUGAAGGUCUGGCUAAUUAGAAUAAAAGGACGGUGAAAAGGACUAAGUAUCAGACUCCUGCCACUAAUCCAGUCAAUCUUCCUCCCACUCCAGGAGAAUUAAAAGAAAGAUCAUAAUCUUUGGAACACAAACCUUCAAGUUGUAAGAUCGAAAAGGAGAAUGGCAAAGGAAGUAAACUUCAAUCACCAGUACAUUAAUUUUAUAAAUUAAUUAGAUUCUGAAUUUUGGAGGAUCAAAAAUCUUUAGAGGCAUCUUAUCAAACACUGCUAAAUAAUGAC